UCCCCUUCUCCGUGCUUGUCACUUUUUACCUAACCAGCCUAACCUCAAAAACACUCAAUCUAACUGUGAUCUAAAAUGAGUCGUUACGCUAAAUAUGCCGAUUUAACGAAACUAUCGACUGAAUAUGCAAGACGUAUGUUACGACUUAGUAAUAGAAUAUUUGGUGAAGUCGCCCGCCCUACUAAUUCCAAGUCAAUGAAAGUGGUGCGAAUGUUUAGUGAAAAACCCCUCAAUUUGAGACGAGAAGUCACACAUUACUACCCUAGGCAUAUAGAAACUGGAUGGUUGAUGAUAAAACUAAGACAUUACGGUUUGUAUAGAGACGAACAUGCCGACUUCAAAGAAGAAAUGGAACGAAUGAGAGUUCUUCGUGGCAAAGCGAAACCAAAGAGGCAACCGAGGAACAAACAGCAGCAGGAAGAAGAAAAGAAAGAAUGAUUUUGUAUAUGUUAUAUGUUUAGUUCUUUAGUCGUAAUAAAGUUAUUUGACUUGAA